UAGAUGCCUCUUGUGGGGCUGGGUUGUUGGAAGAUUCCGAACGCUACAUGUGCACAGAACGUGUACGAUGCGAUCAAAGUAGGAUAUCGUCUCCUCGACGAGGCUGCAGACUAUGGAAAUGAGAAAGAGGCUGGUGAAGGUGUGCGACGAGCAAUCGCAGAUGGUCUGGUCAAACGGGAGGAACUCUUCAUAACUUCCAAACUCUGGAACACAUUCCACGCCCGCGAACAUGUUAAGCAGUCAGCGAAGCUUCAGCUCCAGCUCUGGGGACUAGACUACUUCGAUCUCUUCCUCAUCCACUUCCCGAUCUCACUCACAUACGUCGAUCCCGCCCACAAAUUCCCACCGGGAUGGUUCGGUGACGAUGGAAAGGUUCAUCUCCAGAACACGCCGAUGUCAGAGACAUGGGCCGCGAUGGAAGAACUCGUUGACGAAGGUCUCGUGAAGAACAUCGGACUAAGUAACACGGCAGGAGUCAUGCUCCUCGACAUAAUCCGCUACGCACGCAUCGAGCCCGCGGUCCUCCAAGUCGAGAGACAUCCAUAUCUGAGCCAAGAACCACUCAUCCAACUGACGAAAGAACUCGGAAUUGCAAUGACGGCGUAUUCGUCGAUGGGUCCGCAGGGAUACUUCGAGAUCGGAAUGGGACAGAAUGCGAAGAGUUUGAUGCAGCAGGAUUUGGUGAUCAAGAUUGCGCAGGCACAUAAAGCCAGUCCAGCGCAGGUGUUACUGCGGUGGUCGACUCAACGAGGACUCGCGGUGAUACCGAAGACGGACAGGAUCGACCAGCUGCAGGAUAACUUGAGGUGCAAUGACUUCGACCUGUCGGAGGAGGAGCUGAGCACGCUCGGAUCCUUGGAUGCGAAUAUUAGGAUGAAUAACCCAGUCGAGAUCGAUCCUCGUAUGGCUAUCUUCGCGUAGAAAGGAACUGCAUUAGCCUCGAUAGUGGUGACUUGUAAGACUUGCGGGCGUCUGAGACUGGAGAGGUGUACGAUAGUGAUAAUAUUGAGGGUGGUGUUGUAUCGAUAUUGUACUCAUACGCGCAUGUAAAGGAUUCUGAAUCAAACACUGUCUCC